CUCGUGCAAAAUGGCCGAAAGAGCGGAAAGCCCCGAUGAGAGAAUAGAAGAGAUAGUUCGUAGAUGUGUACGCGAAUAACUGGGUAAUUCUAGAGGGAAUUGCAGUAGUCAAACAUUGGUCAAUAGAACGAGAAACCUGAUUCGUUCAUCUGCUUCAUUUACUGCAAGGCAGCUGGGCGAAACAAGUCAACAGCCAGCGCCAGCGUCCGAAUUUCGUCGUAAUGCACCAGCCAUGUCUGCUCGUGUUUUCGAUAGAUCGACGUCUGUAACCGGGCAUCCUUUACGGAAAAGAAAAGUUCCAGCUUCAAAGCAAAAGACGCACGUUGUGCCAAAGACAGUGUUUCUUCUUGAUCAAGGAAAUCUCAACAUUGAUGACGAGGAUGACGAUGAAGGUCAGAAUGAUGAAUAUGUAAUUAAGGAGGAAAUGAUUUUAGUGAAAGGGGAGUUUGAUUUGUUAGCUGGUGCUGAUGAACAAUCUAUUCGCCAAGAAUUGAAAGAAGUAUUUAAAGUCAAAUUUCCACUGAUUUCAGUGAAAGACUUUGACUUUGUCAAAAGAGAGAGAAACACCAUUGUAACACCUGUGGUGAAAGAAAACCAUGCAUGGGACUAUGCUCACGUGAAGCAUCUUUGUGGUGCUGGUAAGCUUUAUGUUAGAUUGAAUAUCAGCAAGGAUGUGAUUGGAUGUGCUUCUGAUGAUAGUGACAGUAGCUUGCUAACCAUAAUGUCAACCCCUAAUGACAGGCCCAUUAGUUCAGCAAGCACAUCACCACCCAUUGUUGCGGAUGAUGAAGUACCAACAACAUCAUCAGGUGUUUCACACAUGGAUGGAGACAUUUCCUCUUUGACUGUAUUAUUUCCUGAUGCAAAACUAAGUGAUAUCAGAGAUGCCCUCAUUCAAUGUGGUUCACUUGAAUUGGCAGCUGAGAAAUUAAGUGACAAACCAGCUACAUGCAAGCAGUCUGGUGCAUGUAUGGGUGCUUCACAGGUACUAAAGAAUCUCAAGUUGAAAAUGAAAGGGUAUGGUCAGGCAGAGAAGAUAAAAGUUGACAGAGAAGAUCUGGUACUUGAUUUAUUUCAUUAUUACAAGGACUCUGACUUUAAUCCAGAGUUGCAGAUUAAAAUUCAGUUCAGAGGAGAGCCAGCAAUUGAUACCGGGGGAGUGCUUCGUCAAGCUUAUGAAGAUGCUUUCCUUGCAUUGGCAAAAGGGGAUGCAGGGUUAAAGAUGUUUCAAGGUCCAUUUGAGCAUCUAGUUCCCAUAUACCGAAGUGACAAUGUGCUAAAUGGAGUGUUUGAAGUUCUCGGGAAAAUGGUCGCCCACAGUAUGAUCCAAGGUGGCCCAGGGUUCCCUUAUUUGUCACCAGUGAUAUAUUGGUACAUUGCCACUGGAGAUUUACAGCAGGGCAUUGCAAGGGCUAGUGUCAUAGACAUCAGUGAUGGAAUCUUGAACAGCUAUGUCACAAGGAUUAUAGAUGCAACAGCUGUUGACAUUGAAACCAUCAACCAGGAAGAUGACUUUUUACAGCUGAUGCAAAACUGUGGGGAAAGAAGACUGUUGAAGGUAAGGAACAAACAUGGUAUUCAAAAUGCUCCUAAGUUUUUGUCCAUGUACUCUAUUUUUUUGUUCUGAGGUACAUGUCCUUAUUUAUAUUUAAUUUAUUUUGAAUCUUGACAUACUGAACCCACAAAUGUAAAUGUUUCAUGCAUUGAAACAUGCAUCAGGUAGAUGGACUCCUGUAUAUGGCAGACACAAGCUUAAGUGACUCCCAAACUUUACUUCCCUAUUUCAUGUAAAACAUGCCUGUAUUCAAACACCUAUUAAGUGAACACUAGACAAGGUCAUGUGAGAGUCACCUUUAUAAAGGUUUACCUGUAGUUAAUAAAUACUAGAGCUUUUUACAGUGAAACCCAGAAAGCCAUGCUCAACUAGAAUUGUUUCUGGAUUGUUUUCUG